GUACAUCUGUAAGACAUCAUCUGGACUCAAAGCUUAGUCAUUUAUUAUGAGUUCACGGGAGUAAGGAAAGGAGAACCGAUUUCCUCGAAGAUGUUGUUUAAAAGCUCAGACUUGGCGAUUUAACAUCGAUUAAGAAAGCAUUAACUUCUGGACUUUGGGACACUUUCGUACAUUUUCUACUAUUAUUGUUCCAGUUCCGUCCCAAUAUACGUGGACUUCCUACUUUCUGAUGUGCAUGGCAAGCGCCGUAAGUGUCAACCUCACCGACGUGUGCUGGUGACCGCUUCUCUUUCUUCCGCAACAGCACUGGGCAGAAAAGGGUGAAAUUCCGUUUAAAGCAACAGGACCAAGUCGUAUUUUGAGGUACGCGUUUAUUUUGUGUGCAAGGAAUAUUUUGGACUUUUUUCAGCUAUGACUACUAGUUAUGCUCAUGUAAUGGACAGGCAAGCUUCCAUUUCUAGUCGUUUGGAGAGUCCGAUUACAGCCAAUCUGGAAAAUCUACAGGCUAAAAAGAACUUUUCCGUCAGUCACCUGCUGGAUCUAGAGGAGGCAGGGGAGAUGGUUGGGACGCAGCCGGAGGAAGGCGCCACCGAGGCGGGACGGAGUAUGCUGGAGUCCCCGGGUUUGACAAGCGGCAGCGACACCACGCAACAGGAGAAUGACCAGUUAAACUCAGAAGAGAAGAAGAAAAGAAAACAACGACGAAACAGAACUACCUUCAACAGCAGUCAGCUUCAGGCACUGGAGAGAGUAUUUGAAAGGACGCACUACCCUGAUGCCUUUGUACGAGAGGACCUUGCACGUCGUGUAAAUCUCACCGAAGCCCGUGUCCAGGUAUGGUUUCAGAAUCGGAGAGCCAAGUUCCGAAGGAAUGAGAGAGCCAUGCUUGCCAGCAAAAAUGCUUCCUUGCUCAAGUCCUACUCAGGGGACGUGACUGCUGUAGAACAGCCAAUUGUACCUCGUCCUGCUCCACGGCCUAACGACUAUCUCUCCUGGGGCACUGCUACACCCUACAGUACCAUGGCUACCUACUCUCCCACAUGUGCAAACACCAAUUCCGCCCAGGGAAUGAACAUGGCCAAUAGCAUUGCCAACCUACGCCUUAAAGCAAAGGAGUACAAUUUAAAUCAGGUACCAACUGUCAACUGAUGGUAACAGUGACUGGGCACCAAGGAAUUAUCAUUGUACCUGCUGUUAUCCAUUAGCCAAAAGGCUAAGAACACUGACACAAGUUUACAAGUAUUGCGCUUGGCAGACACAAUCCAGUCACUGGGAUGUGUACAGAACCUAUAAUGAAUUUGUAUCGUUGAUGGAUGUAACGAAGGUGCAAAAUCCAACCUGAUGGGGGGGAGGGAGAAAGACUGAAUGAAUCUUGUCUCUUUAAGAGUGUGGCUUGGUGGCCAGAUGACUUGAAGCAUUGAUUGCAGAAAUGUGACAUUUCUAUGGAUGCUGUAAAUUCAAUGAAUGUGGAACAGUCUUUCCAAAUAUUCACCAAGAAGGAUGCACAAUAAAAUAAUUCUAGCAACUUUCAGAGGGGUAAUGUGGAUGGAGCAUAUGUCAUUAAAAAAAAAAAACAAAAAACAAAUCGUAAAAUAUUGUGAACAGAUGUUCUUCAUUUCAAGCCCAUGAGAUUUUUAAAACAUAUUCAGUAGGUUACAAAAAGACCUAAUCUUCAGUCAUCAUUCAAAAGGCAAGAUUUUGGAUAAAAAAUAUAUAUAUAAGACAAUCAGUAGAGGGUGCUCCUCUUACCUGGAUAUGGGAAUUUUACUUUAACCUGUUUUAAGUCUUAAAAAACAUUUUUGUCUUAUACCACUGCCAUACAAGUGUCAAAAAUGCAUUUUCUUAUAUAAUGUACAUUAUCGAUGCAAGCCUGUAAUUGUUUUGAACAGCAAAACCAUACAUCUGGACGUGAGACCUCUUGUUUCAUUUUUGUAUAAUGUCUAUAUCUGUAACUACGUUACUGAAAGUUUAGAAGCUGAUUUUUAACAUAAUAAAAUAUGCAGAACAAAGAA